UAGACACAAUCCUGACCUGAAGGAGGAUCUGGGAAGGGGAGCACAAACAUCACUGGAGAGACCAGAGCGGCAGGUGCACUUGCCUCUCCCUGCUCCGUGUGUCCUGCCAACCUCUCCGGUGACCCAGCCAGGACCCCUACACCCCAGUCUCCCCAAAGAACCCACACCGAAGAUUCCGCAGGUCUGCCCCACUGCCGGGCACGCAGGGGCCUGGAUGGAAGCCUGUCCUCUGCACCUGCCCCAAAGGCUGCUCCUGCUAGGGGUGGCUGCCCUGGCUGCACCUGUUCCACACACAGGGGACCUGGUGGACCUGUGCGGCCAGACGUGGCAGGGGGCCGGGCUGCUGCUGCGCUCGCACCCCACGUCCCGCCGCUUCUACUUCGUGACUCCUCACACCGACUGCCGACUCUGGUUGCGGGCGGCGGCCCCAGGGGACAGGAUCCACUUCCAGUUCCGCUUCUUCCUGGUCUACAGCCUGACUCCGGCGUCCCCGCCCCCCCCUGCACCCAACGCGUCCUCCCCAGCCGACCCCUGCGCCCCUGGGUCCUACCUGCAGUUCUACGAGGGCCCGCCAGGGGCGCCCCGGCCGCUGGGGGCCCCGCUCUGUGGUCUGACCAUCCCUGCUCCGGUGGUGUCUUCUGGGGACUUCCUGGCCCUGCGCCUGGUCACCAGAGGCCGCCAGCCGCGCGUGGACUUCGUGGGCGAAGUCACCUCUUUCCAGUUGGGAUCCUGUGGCGCCUACUUCCCAUGUCGGAAUGGCAGGUGCAUCCCGCCGAGUCUGGUGUGCGAUCAAUGGGACAUGGACAACUGUGGUGACGGCAGUGACCAGGCUUCCUGGCCCCCAGCCAACUGCAGAGGUCCCUCUCUGGCGCCCAGCCAGGCAGGGGGUACAGAUGCUGGUACCUCCCGGCCCUUGACCCUUUCCCUGGCUCUUGGGUCUUUGGGGACCCUGGGGACUGCAGCUGAGAGGAGUCCCCCUGCAGGCUGGGACCAUGAACGACAGGAUGCAGCUCUGGAAGGUAGAUGGCUUUUGGUUACCACCUGCUCUGCCUCCUCCCACCAAGGUCCCCGGCUGCAGGGCGUGGCCCUGGCCUCCUCACUGCUCCUGGCCUCUGCUGGCCUCCUGCUGGGCCUCCUCUGGUGCUGCUGCUCCUCCAGCGGGCUGGCCUGGAGGGCAGGUGCCCGUGGCCUCUGCCUCAGCUGCACCAUCUGUUACACGUGUCCUGGCCAGGUGGCCCCUGGGGGGGCCGUGACUGAGUGA